AUGAGGUUGGAAUCUGUGCUACUAGAAGCAGUAGUGUUACAAGGACAUCAUGACGCGGACAAUUUAGCAUCUGUUAUUGCGUCAAUAUUAGAAGACUGGCAGUGUCGCAGCAAAGUUGUGGCCAUGGUGACAGACAAUGCUCAAACAAUGGUUAAAGCUGCUGAAAUAUUGAAAUUGAAACAUGUGCCAUGUUUUGCCCAUUCAUUAAAUUUGGUCAUCAAACACGUUCUUUUGGAGCCGGAGUGUGCUGCAUUAAAAGAAUUAAUUGAUAAAUGUAAAGCUAUCGUGACAUAUUUUAAACACAGCUCACUGGCUUCAAACCAAUUAAAAUGUUUACAAAAGGAUCUCAAAAAGAGCCAACUAAGACCUUUACAACAUGUGGAGACGAGAUGGAAUAGUGCAUUCCAAAUGUUAAAAAGAAUUGGUGAAAUAAGAGAUGAAGUAUCACUCACUUUAAAUAAAAACCCGAAAGCGCCAAAUAAUCUUACCGAUGAGGAAUACACAUUCCUUGCAGAAGUGAUUAAAGUAUUUGAGCCCAUUGAUGUGUGCACAGAAACUGUAUCGGGUGAAACAUACACCACCCUGUCUUUGAUAAUACCAUUGAUAAAAGGCAUGUUGAUGCAUUUUGCGCAGUUGGACAAAGAACCGUUAUUAGAGUCCACUAAAACUGUUCUUGAAACUAUAAAAAAAUAUAUUGUAACGAAGGUCAAACCGUACGAAACACGUACUCCAUGUAUUGUUUCCACUAUGCUGAACCCCCAACUUAAAAAAUAUGGUUUUAAAACCAGCUCAGAAGUCGAAAGAGCAGUGAAUAUUGUUCAAAAAGAAUAUUCUUCUUACUUAUCAGCGCAAAACAAAAAAGCAUCAGCGCCAUCAGAUUCUGCAGAGCCAGGGUCAUCCAACGAAGCAAUAGCACCACCAAAAAAAGCAAAGCUGAAUUUACUUUCAUAUCUUCAAGAAUCACGUUCCUCCAGCUCAAGUGCUACUGCAGAUGCAAUAGUUGAUAUCAAUCAGUAUCUUUCUAAACCAAUUAUUGAUAAAUCAGAAUGUCCUAUUGAAUACUGGCAUUUUAAUCGAAGCAGCUUAAAAAAUAUUGCAUCAAAAUAUAUGUGCAUACCGGGAACAUCCACGCCGGCCGAAAGAAUUUUUUCAAUGGCUGGGCAAAUUGCAGUAGAGCGCCGAAAUCGUUUAAGUGGCGAACAUAUCAACGAAAUUCUUUUUAUCAAACAAAAUCACACGUUACUGGAUAAAUAACAUGAAUAAGCACUAACUUCUUUUUUUGAUUAUUAAAAGUUCUGACGUUUACUAAAUAUUAUAAAACACAAAACUUAUUAAUUAAAUAUAUUUUUAUUUUUUAUAAUCAGUAAAGCAUGGCAACCCUGUAAUUAAUGCCAUCAAUAAUGAACGGUUUUCCAAAAGUUCCCUUUCUAUGGAUGGCGCUGGACGCUAUUUAAGAUCAGCGGUGUGAUGCGUUAGUAUUGUUUAAAAAUAGUUAUUUAUACUCAUCUUUUACUGUUCUUUACUAUUAUUUUAUAAUAUUGUAUAAAUUUCUAGACUGGCAGAAUAAAGUGUUUCCAUUGCCAUGAUAACUUCUGAACUACCAAUUUUGAUCUAAAAAAGAUUCUAGCGCCAUCUUUGGGUAACAUAAACAAGCUAGACAAAAAAAUAUAAUAUACACAUAAACAAUAAUCAAUAAACAUAAUCAAUAAUAAAUCAAUAAACAUAAUCAAUAAUCCUGUUAACCAAAAUCUGUAUCGUGUUGUUAAUCAGUUAUAUCGACACUUAAUAUGAUUCUUACAGUUUUGUAUCGAUGUUUAAUUUUGUGUUUUGUAACGAUGUUUGUGUUUUAAUGAAUCAAUAUAUUUGAGUAUAUUUAUAUAGGCUUCGGAGCGCAUGCACGGUGGCAAAAAUUGUAGCUCGCCAAUCAAAAGACUUCCAAAAUAAUAAUUUCUUUUGUCAAGAUCUUUCUCAUAAAUACAAUCGACACAUAUUGUUUUUUCCUUCUGGUUUCUUUCUUCCUCAUCACUUGUUAUGUCUUUAUCCUUUUCACUCGUUCUUUCUUCCUCGUCACUUAUUCUUCCUUCCUCUUUAUCACUUGGUAUUUCUGCCUCACUUUCACUUGUUCUUUUUUCCUUCAUGCCAGUUAUUGUUGAUUUUGCUUCUUGUUGUCUUAGAUCAAUAUCUAUUUCAGUAUCAGCUGGUUUGUAUUCAUUUAGAUAAGUUUCAUUUUUGACCUGUUUGUUGUAAUCAAUUGACCCUAAAUCUGUAUCUGUAUUUGAUGUACGACUUCUUUUUGAUGGUAAUA